AUGACAGAAGCAUGUGCACUUUCAUCCCUUGUCUCUCGAAUCUCGUCGGAGAAGCAGUGGAAAUUCCAGACCCCUCACCAGCGUCAUAAAGGACCAUUCAAAUCAGUUGCUAAACAGCCUGUGCUGCCCUCGGAGAAAAUAAAUUUCCGAUUUCGAACACGUCUAAUAUACGCGACUGCCACAAAAGCAAGCUUUGACUUCCCCAACGUUCUUCAUCUCCAAAUUUGCCCCUCUAUUAUAGACCGAAUGAUAGAUCGACUACUCGAUCUCCUCCUAACGUCUUGGCGCGACCGGGUCGGCAGGUACUUUCCAGAAUGGAAUUUACCACCCUGCCUCAUUCUAAAAAUGUGUAAAAAGAAUUGGGAUAAGGAAUUUGAAGUAGAAAAGUCGACAUAUAAAGCUCUCGAGAUUAUUCAGGGAACUAGAAUCCCUAACUUCUAUGGCGAGUUGAAGUAUAACGGUAAAAAGGCUAUACUAAUCUCUGAUAUUGGUGGUGUUUGUCUUGGAGAUCCUGCAGGGGCCGUUUUAGAGAUACCCGACUUUCUUGACUUAAUGAAGGAAGCAUUAACUGAUCUCGGUCGAUUUCACAUACAGCCAGAUGAUAUCAAGCUGAAUAACUUUCGUCUUGUUAAUGGUCGAAUCAUGGUCAUUGACUUUGAGAUGGUGCUAGACAAAUUCGAUACGAAUGAAGACUGCGCUAGGGAGAUUUUGGGUUUAACUUAUUGGCUAGGUAGACAGUAUGAGGGUCGGCAAUCGUGCCAUUUGGCCGAUGGCUUGAUCACACAGGUGAAAUAG